AUGGAGCCCGAAAAGCAUACGAGUUCCGACACAAAUUCAGGCCAAGAAAGUGAUCAUGAGAAGGAGAAAAUCAACGAAGAUGACAACACGGGUGUUGGAAGAUCAUACGAGUGCAAUUUCUGUAAGCGCGGCUUCACGAACGCGCAAGCUUUAGGAGGACACAUGAAUAUACACAGGAAAGAUAAAGCCAAAGCGAAGCACAAAAAACAGGAGGGAUCUUCAAUUCAGAAUAAAUAUACGAAUGAAGAUUUCUUAGAUUCAAGAUUUUUCCCUCCAGUUCCAUCCAGUGAUCAUCAUCAUCAAACAAAUAGUAAUUAUUUUACGGCUGUGAGGAACUAUCAAGUCUACUUGCCAUCGUCAAACCCUACUUCGUCUGCUCAUGAUUUUCAUCAGAACAAUUUGCCACGGGAAAAUAUUAUAUUUUUCGACGAUCAUAAGGAUGCAAAUCUCAGUCUGAGGAUCGGUUCCCCACCUAGUAAUGACGGACAGAACGAAAAGGUAAACGCGAAGGAAAAUGAAGUAGAUUUGGAGCUUCGUCUUGGCCACGGGAACGAUCCAUGA